AAGUGGAAAAUCCACUUUGAAGACUGACAAAAAUUGAGAAAAUCUAGGUUCCCAUUAACACAUACAGACUAUAGCUUUUUCCUUGUUAGACAGAAUCACAUCCAUGCAAAAAGCCUAACGUUAAGUUGACUCCCAACUCCCCUACCCACCCCCACCCCUCAUUAUUAUUCCUGACUUUGGUAGAACCAAAAGCUUACAAUAUCAAAAGAACUCAUUAAUUCUUAUUCAAAGCUUUUGCUCUAUCUCUUUCAUUAACACUUCUUUCUUCUUCCUUUUAUCACUCUAUAGCCAUGUUUGGCUUUCUCAUUCUCAUUCUCAUUCUCAGGGGCGGCUCAAUAAUAUUAGUGUCUAAAACCAAAGUUUAAUGGAACUAUCCAUCUGAAAUCUAAAAGGCCUCAGUUUUUUCUUCGACCCAUUUGCCCAUUUCAUAUAUCCGACCCGACCCAAUAUGUACAAGAACCAGUUACAAGAGUUAGCACAGAGGAGCUGUUUCAAUUUGCCCUCUUACGUAUGCAUCAGGGAAGGUCCGGACCACGCGCCGCGUUUUAAAGCUAUCGUUAACUUUAAUGGCGAGAAUUUUGAGAGCCCUCACUACUGUACCACUCUCCGUCAAGCUGAGCACGCUGCAGCUGAAGUUGCCCUUAACGCCCUCUCUAACCGUGGCCCUUCUCACUCCCUUGCCGCGCGUAUACUCGAUGAAACAGGCGUCUAUAAAAAUCUAUUACAGGAGAUAGCGCAAAGAGUCGGAGCUCCUUUACCUCAGUACACAACAUAUAGGUCGGGACUUGGGCACCAACCUGUGUUUACAGGAACAGUAGAAUUGGCUGGAAUCACGUUUACUGGUGAACCCGCAAAGAACAAAAAGCAAGCUGAGAAGAAUGCUGCCCUCGCAGCUUGGUCAUCGUUGAAACAAUUGGCACAGCAAGAUGCAAGUUCAUCAUCUGAAUCAGAGAACAACGAUGAGCAAGAACAGAUCAGAAUAGCGAGGGCUUUACUAAACUAUCGGUUGAAGGAAAAGUUAGAAAUGGCCAAAUCCGGCAAUGUCUCAAUAUCAUUCCAGAAGAAGUUUCCAAUUCCAACUCCUCGACCAUCUAGUCCACAGCGCCCUGCAGCCACUACAUCCAAACUCCUCCCUUUAAUCUGUCCGAAUACAGUUACUCGUUACAGAUCGUCCUCCUCCACGGCAAUAAAUGACAGCAAUUCCUCAUUUUCACAGCCUAUGCCACAAUCACAGACUUCAUCAUCAGAAGGCCGCGCAGCUCCAUAUAUGCCAGUUAGACCAUAUAGGACACCUUACCGCGGUAUUGCUCCACCUGUUACAAUAAGAACAUCAGUGCCAGUUUUCUCUGCACCGCCUCGUCCACAGCCUACCGGAUGCGCGCCUCAAAUGAUGCAAGCCCGACCUGUUCGAGUUGCACCACCUGUCUGUGUUAGGCAGGCUAUCCCAGUAUUUGCUGCUCCACCAGCCAAAAAGGAAACCGUGGCACAUGCUACAACGCCAAG